UGCAACACCGAGGCUACAUCAGCGCGCACGCAGAACCCUUAAGGACAGAAAAAAUUGGACAAGAAUAGAGCGAUGCCAUCUUGUGACGAGACCUCAAUCCAGUUGCGAAAGGAGCAGGAUGAAUUUAGUGCUCUCCAGAUUUUUGGCAUACCUUCACGUCGGGCUCCAAGUCGCUCUCCACUUGUGUAUUUACCCGUGUCAUCUGCAUCCCCAGCCCUGUCACAUCUUGGCACGCAUUGGGCACACGGUGCGUUUGGGUGCGCUCCUGCCGACCCGCCAGCAAUCCCGGAUACAGGGCGCACUAAACCGCGCCCUGGUCCACCUCCGGCAAAGUGGAAACAACUUCUUACCCUACAAUCUGAGCUUGGAGGUAUUGUCCCGAGAACCGCUGAAUGGAGACCCGGAGUCCAUGUUCAGGUGCGUGUGUCAGGAUAUCGUUGUGCAAGGAGUCUCCGCUGUGCUCGCGUUCCCACAGAGCCACGACGAGCUCGUGCAAGUGGAGUUUAUGUCCUCGUUUUUGGAAAUACCUUUCAUCAGUAUCAUUGAGCAGGGGGAACCUCUUAAGACUCAGAACCGGUUUCACCUGCAGAUGAUGACACGCACGCCCCCCUCUGGACUCGCGGAGCUGCUGUUAGCGGUGCUGCUGAAGGGGGGCUGGCAGGGCGGGGCUGCCACUCUUUGUCCGGAAGGUGGCGACACGGGCAUGCCGAAAGAGUUGGAACGACUGGGUCAUCUGGGAUUGGAUGGAGCCCACCACUGGCAUCUUUGGGAGACCCUCAACCUCUCCAAAUUAGAAGCAACAACUACAGAAGAAGGAAAGACACAAUUAAGAGAAGAAAAGGUGAUGGAGCUUCUCUCUCAGCUCCUUAGCAGGACCCCUUCUGCUCCAGCGUCCUCCAUGGUUCUUUUUAGCUCUGACCCGCAAUGUACGGCCACCGUGCUGCGGAGCGCACACCAGCUUAGCUUUGCGUUGCCGCCAAUGCAGUGGAUCAUGGGAUACCCACUUAGUCUGGAGUCUCUACACUCCAUUGGCUCUCCACUUGGUCUUCUGGCUUAUGGGGAGGUGAAUCGCAAGCCAUUAAACUUCUACAUAAGGGAUACCCUACAGCUGAUUGGCAGGGCUGUCUAUGCUGCCACAAUGGUGAGACCGGACCUGGCACUUAUCCAGAACAUGGUCAACUGCUUUGACAAACCUAACAAACAUGAGUUGCCCUCCUCUGGACAGUACCUAGCCAGGUUUCUGUCAAACACUUCCUUCACAGGCCUGACAGGCCAGGUGCAAGUACAACGCUCCACUUCCAGGGUGCUUACGUCCCAGCAUUACCACAUCUGGAGUCUACAGCGGGACCCUUUAGGUCAGCCCAGUUGGGUGACCGUGGCAAGUUGGCAGUCGGGCCAUCUGGAAGUAGAGGAACAGAGCCUGUGGCCAGGCAUGAACCAACGCCAUCGGGAAGAGGGCCCGGGGAUCAGAUUAGGCGGCCGCUGGCAAGCAGGGCUCCCAGUGGCAGGGAGCAGAUUGCGUGUGGUGACCUUGGUUGAGCACCCGUUUGUAUUCACACGGGAGGUGGACGACGAGGGCCAAUGUCCGGCGGGGCAGCUGUGCCUCGACCCUCAAACCAACAACUCUGAGGUCCUCAAUCAGCUGUUUAGGGAUCUGGAGCAGACCAAUAGCAGUUCACUGCCAACUGAGAUCCGUAAAUGCUGCUAUGGCUACUGCAUCGACUUGCUGGAAAAGCUAGCUGAGGACAUGAACUUCGAAUUUGACCUGUACAUUGUGGGCGAUGGGAAGUACGGGGCGUGGAAAGGAGGUAAAUGGACCGGGCUGGUUGGCGACCUGCUCAGUGGUGUGGCUGAUAUGGCCGUCACCAGUUUUAGCAUCAACUCUGCUCGAAGCAGAGUGGUAGACUUCACAAGUCCUUUCUUCUCCACCAGUCUGGGAAUCCUGGUGCGCAGCAAGGACACGGCCGCACCCAUUGGUGCCUUCAUGUGGCCCCUUCAUUGGUCCAUGUGGGUGGGCAUCUUUGUGUCAUUGCAUAUUACGGCGCUUUUCAUCACCCUGUACGAGUGGAACAGUCCGUUUGGCAUGACUCCGCACGGACGCAACCGCAUCAGGGUCUUCUCGUACUCGUCUGCUCUGAACCUCUGCUACGCAAUCUUGUUUGGCCGGACUGUUGCCAGUAAAAAACCAAAGUGCUGGACAGGCCGGUUCCUUAUGAAUCUUUGGGCCAUAUUUUGCCUGCUGGUUUUGUCCAGUUACACAGCCAACCUAGCAGCUGUCAUGGUCGGGGAGAAGACCUUUGAGGAGGUGACAGGAAUUCAUGAUGUCAAGCUCCAUCACCCGUCUCUAGGGUUUCGCUUUGGCACAGUUCGAGAGAGCAGUGCUGAAGAUUAUAUGAAGAAGAGCUUCCCCGAGAUGUAUGAAUACAUGAGGCGCUUCAACAAGCCCACCACUCCUGAUGGAGUUUCUACACUCAAGACAGAUCCUCCUCAGCUAGAUGCCUUCAUUAUGGACAAAGCUCUGCUUGACUAUGAGGUUUCCAUAGAUGCAGACUGCAAACUCCUGACUGUGGGAAAACCAUUUGCUAUUGAAGGUUACGGGAUCGGGCUGCCCCAGAACUCACCCCUGACGCGGAACUUGUCCGAAUACGUCAGCCGCUACAAGUCUGACGGCUACAUGGACAUACUGCAUGACAAGUGGUACAAAGUGGUUCCCUGUGGAAAGAGGGUUUUCGCUGUGACAGAGACACUGCAGAUGGGUAUCCAGCAUUUCUCUGGACUGUUUGUGCUGUUGUGCGUGGGGGUAGCGGGGGCUUUGCUCACUCUGUUAGGGGAACAUGCUUUCUUCAGAUUCAUCCUGCCUCACCUCCGCCACCAGCAGAGAUUCAAAUACUGGCUUCACACCAGUCAGAAAAUCCAUCGUGCAUUAAAUAUGGAUUACGAAGAUGAGAGGAAAUCAGAGUCUGAGAGCACAAAUAGAUGUUCCACCUUGUGCCUGUCGGAGAACUGUAACCUACACCGCCUGCCCCCGGCUGACCCCACCUCCUCAUCGCCUCAGCCUUCCACCUCCUCCACUUCCCCCUCUUCCACAACCAAGUGGAACAAUCAGAGUGCGAAGGCAGGCCGAGAGGCCAAAGAUCAUAACAAACGUGUCCACUUCAACCUGGAGACGCUCAACAGCUACCAACUGCAAGCUCCGCCCCCUGGGCCCGAGAGGAGCAGGAGAGGGCUGGUGGGAAGUCCGCCCACCCAGCUGUGUUCCAACGGUGGACCCAAUCUCAGCCUCAGCCUGGUGCUGUCACCUCCAACCUGCCCAGGUGGCUCCUCGCCAUGGGAAGAAGAACUGAGUGAACUGCAAGGGAGGAUUGAGGAGUUUCGUGGUCAGCUGAGAUCUGCCCUGGCCAGGAGAGCUGAGCUCCAGCGCAGCCUGGUCCGACAAAGGCUCGGCCAGUCGCAAACAAUCUCUGCCGCUAAUUCGGCCGAGCCAUCGGCCCUUUCCAACAGUUCCAACACCCUGAUCAAAGACAUCAACAGAGGAAGGUGAUGUUUGUGACUGGAGCAGUGAAUAUGGGGACAUUUUCUCAUCUGAGAAUUCACGCCGCCCUACAUUCUGCUUUCUCAUUGACCGCUGGGGUGUUAGAGAUGGAUGAAACAUUUUUUUGAUGGCGAUCUAGCUUGUAAUGCUGCAGACUGGCUGAAUUCCAGUUUGAGAGAGAAAACAUUUAUCUGUGUAUUGUGUGUCUGUGGGUGCGUGUGUGUUUUAAGCUGGAGAGCAGAGAGCAAACUCAUAAUACACUGUUCAUUGCUGGCCAAGGUGAAUAUUUGCAGCUACAGUCUGUUUUGUAAAUAAUUCAAUGGGAUUACUUAGUAGGAUAAGCAACAAUGGACCAAACUUAACUUUUUUGAUUAGGCCACUAUUCUGGCUUGCGGCGGUGUACUUUUUCCACACAGUACUGUACAAUAGACAUGAUGUUGCUUUUGUGUUUUAAUGGUGAUUAAGUAUGAAUUGUAAGAGAUGUUUGACCCAAAUGGUACGGACGUACUCUAUUACCCUGUAUAACCUAAAUGUUAUAGGGGCGGUUUCCUGACAAGGGCUUAAGACUAGUCCCAGACUUAAAUUCAUGUUUGAGGUGUCUUAACUGAAAACGGCUUGCACUGACAUAUGUUAAUAUACACUCACCUAAAGGAUUAUUAGGAACACCUUUUCAAUUUCUCAUUAAUGCAAUUAUCUAAUCAACCAAUCACAUGGCAGUUGCUUCAAUGCAUUUAGGGGUGUGGUCCUGGUCAAGACAAUCUCCUGAACUCCAAACUGAAUGUCAGUAUGUGAAAGAAAGCUGAUUUAAGCAACUUUGAGCGUGGCAUGGUUGUUGGUGCCAGACAGGCCGUCUGAUUAUUUCACAAUCUGCUCAAUUACUGUGAUUUUCACGCACAACCAUUUCUAGGGUUUACAAAGAAUGGUGUGAAAAGGGAAAAACAUCCAGUAUGCGGCAGUCCUGUGGGCGAAAAUGCCUUGUUGAUGCGAGAGGUCAGAGGAGAAUGGACCGACUGAUUCAAGCUGAUAGAAGAGCAACUUUAACUGUGCAGGCUGGUGGUGGUGGAGUAAUGGGGUGGGGAAUGUUUUCUUGGCACACUUUAUUCCCCUUAGUGCCAAUUGGGCAUCGUUUAAAUGCCACGGCCUACCUGAGCAUUGUUUCUGACCAUGUCCAUCCCUUUAUGACCACCAUGUACCCAUCCUCUGAUGGAUACUUCCAGCAGAUUAAUGCACCAUGUCACAAAGCUCGAAUCAUUUCAAAUUGGUUUCUUAUAAAUGACAAUGAGUUCACUGUACUGAAAUGGCCCCCACAGUCACCAGAUCUCAACCUAAUAGAGCAUCUUUGGGAUGUGGUGGAACGGGAGCUUUGUGCCCUGGAUGUGCAUCCCACAAAUCUGAAAGAUGCUAUCCUAUCAAUAUGGGCCAACAUUUCUAAAGAAUGCUUUCAGCACCUUGUUGAAUCAAUGCCACGUAGAAUUAAGGCAGUUCUGAAGGCGAAAGGGGAUCAAACACAGUAUUAGUAUGGUGUUCCUAAUAAUCCUUUAGGUGAGUUUAUAUCAGUGCUAUUGUUUUGUCUCAAGAUGCACACGUGGAUUGUUUGUUGUAAGGUAGGUUUGUUAAAACUAUUUUAAUGUCCUUAUGCCUAGUCUUGGAUUAAUCUAAACCCUGUCCAGGAAACCGCGCCAUAAAGUCUUAAUGGUUAAUUAAUGCAUUUAUUACAAUUAUAAUACAUACAUUUUUAAUAAACAUUAUUAAUGAAGUAUACGAUUUGAAGUUAGAAUUGAAUUUGUACUGCUGUAAAACCUUCAAAUUAUGCUAACGCUAGUUACAGUAACUGGUAGAUUUGUGUUAGUCAGGGGCGGCCGGUGACUUCUCUUCCAAGGGGCGCAAAAAUAUGUUUUUUUUGUGUGUCAUGUAAACCUAUUUGCAUCAUGUCAAAAUACAUGCCUGCUGCACACGCAUCGUAAGGUUUAUGAUAAAACAGACGCUCACAUUCACAAAAUACUCGCAAGACACUCACUUAAAGGUGGGGUGCACGAUCUCUGAAAGCCAAUGUUGACAUUUGAAAUCAUCUAAACAAACACGCCCCUACCCCAAUAGAAUCUGGACCUUCUUUUGAUAGACCCGCCCCACACAUACGCAACCCAGGCAACGAUGUCGUAAAUGAGUGAAAGCAAUGUGCAUUACUGCGUAAUCCAGGUCAAAUGUGUUUUUAUAGUACUGCAUGAUUUAAAGCAACACUAUGUAGUUUUUUGACCUUUAAAUAAUGUCUCUAAAAUUAUUUCAGUGAUAGAACAACUUUUAACUGGACAAAUUGUACUGUUGCUGAAACCUGAGCAGCCUCCUAGCUGCUACAAGCACACUCUGAAAGUGGCGGUGGAGGGUAGAUCACACAGCCCCGCCCCUCCCCCUGCCUGCAGAAGAGUGCCUGAUACCAGGCACUGUUGCGCUUUUCAACCACAUGGGGGAGCUUUAAGUCAUUUUUACAUGGAAACUACAUAGUGUUGCUUUAACAUGUGAAUGGUUUUGCUCCAUUUCACAUGGAAGGCGACGUUAAACAAGGCACAAGAGUAAGAGGCGGAGGUCGGAAUUUUGCCACGGACAAACGGCUGCAGGAAACAUAGAUCGCAUACACAUGCUGCAGGCUCAAAAACUUGCAUAGCACAAGUACAAGUGUCUAGCUUGACUCAUUUUUUUUCAUCUAUUUGAUAAAACCCCUUAGAGGUUUGAUAAAACUAAGCGUUCUAUCCUCCGUGUCAUUAGUAGACAUGCCCCUUACUGCUGAUUGGCUACAAGUGUGUUUUGUUACUCGGCCCGAGCAUUUUUCAAUAAUCGUUUAUCACUAAAUACCUUAAAAUCAUAUUUUCCUUCAUCUCAAGAUAUUUCACUUGCUUUCACUGAUCAGUACUGUAGCUAUCAGUUAACACAGCAAUCUGCAAUGAGGCUCUGAGAACGGUCCAAUCACAGGAGGUCAAAAACAUAAAAAACAAUAUUGAUUCGCUUACAACAUAACUGUGAGGGUUUGGGGCGCACAGUCCUGCGCCUCAGGGCGGAUCCGAAACCAGCCAAUUAGAGCUCAGCCUCAGGCCACAUGUUUUUACCCGUUUUACUGACCUACAUAGACACUCAUUAGGGG